UGGACUGAGGAAAUUACAGUACAGGAGGAAGCGGGGACCAGCAAGCGCCCAGAAAGCAUCUGUCCCACAAAAGUCCCAUCAGAGACCAAUGUCCAGAGAAAAGUGACACUGAUUUUAUUUCCUGGCUCAGCAGCUGGAGGAGGAGGAGGAGUAAUCCGGACCAGAAAGUGAUCUGUGUACAGUCAUGAAACAGUUUGGGAGAAAAGUAAUCUUAAAUCAAGUGACAGCACUGCGCAUUUCUGCAGAGAGUGAGGUGCAUGAAUGACGCAGGUGUUUGCGGAAGAAAAGUUACCAGAGGAGCUGAACUCUGCAGAAGUGGCGGCACAGGCUGGGUCAUGUGUGAGAGUGAUCAGUACGAUGGGAACCGGUGAGGAAGGAUCCGGUGUCGGUUACUUCACCUGAUUAUCCUGUCCUGGUUUUUAAUCACAUUCAUGACUUUUGACGCUGUCUGGAAAGGAUGAAGGGCUUUUUACUGCGCUGCGUUUUUCUCUGGACGAUGUUGCCGCGGAGCAACAUGCAAAGUGCUGUACCUGCCACAGUGUUGAACUGCUGUGAAGGGGAUGUUCUCAUUUUGCUGGAUUCUUCAGGAAGUAUAGCAAACUACGAGUUCUCACGCUUGCUGCGCUUCGCUGGUGAGCUGUUUCAACCCUUCUCAUUGGGCCGUGGGCACGUCAGAGUCGGGCUGCUGCAGGUGGGCACCAAGCCAAACCUGGUGUUCGGCUUGGAUGACCACAGCAGUCAGGAAAGUCUGCAGAAAGCUAUGCAACAUGUCAGUCACCUGCAGGGAGACACCAACACUGUGGCGGCGCUCGGGGUGGCCCAGCAGCUCCUGACAGAGAAUGUGCCAAAGAUUCUGCUGUGGAUGACUGACGGUGUGCAGCCUGGAGACGUGGACGAGCCCAUGACGAAGCUGAAGGCUCAGGGAGUCUCUGUGUUGAUUGUAUCUACAAUACAUGGCAACUACCAGGUGUUACAACGCGCGGUGACACCUCCCCUAGAGUCCCACCUCUACUCUGUGGACAUUGAUAACAUCGAAAUCAUCACAGAGGAUCUGAGGGAGGCCAUCAUCAAAAUUAUUCGAGCAGAACGGCUGCGCGUGGUUCACUUGACUUCCCACAGUGCUGUGCUGCAGUGGCGUCCUGUUCUGAGUGCAGACAACGGUUACUAUGAGCUCUGGUAUAACUCCAUGUCAGACACAGACCCUGUGACCAGACGUACCGUCUCAGGUGACUCCAGCUGGGUCGAGCUAACUAACCUCCAGCCUGAUACCACCUACACAGCGUCUCUCCGCCCGGAGUCCAACCAGAGGCUGUUUAACACACUCUCUGUUAACUUCACCACACUUCCUGAUGUUUUAAGCCCGUCAGUGGUCUCCGUGUCAGACUCUGGCCCUCAUCAGAUCCGUGUGAGCUGGGGUCCCCUGCAGCCAGCUCGGGUCCUGAGAUACACGUUAGAGUAUGGGGUGAUUCCAAGCGGACGAGUCCAGACUGUGACGUUACAUGGCCAGAAAAACUCUACUGUACUUAGGGGCCUGGAGCCGGGCACGCAGUACCUGGUCACAGUCAGCGCUCUGCAUAAGAAUGGGAGAGAAAUAGCCAUGUCAGUGAAGGCAUGUACUCAGGAAGCUCUGCCUGCUCUGACCGACCUUCGGCUGACCCCAGUGGAGCGUCAGGAGGUGCAGGUAACGUGGCAGGCCAAUCAGGAAGGCUUGAAAGGCUACUGGCUCAGCUGGGAGAGAGAAAACUCCCACAUGUCCUCCUCAAAGUCCUCCUGUCUAUCUGUCCCCUACUUCACGUUCGACACGGCUCACACACCUUGCCCCGAGCAGCCGAGUGUGUGUGUCUCCAGUCUACAGUUCAGGCCUGGGAGACGGGUUAUGCUGCACAGCAGAGAGUCACUCAGAUUCCAGCCACAGGGGUUAACAGACUGCAGCAGAGUCUGCAGUAAAAAACAUGGAUGAAAUCGAGUAUUUUAAGUGCUGGAUGGACUGGACUGCAAAACGUGUGCAGGACUGAGCUUUAUUUCUUAAGUUCAAUUUUCAUCUUGAAAUUAAUUAUAAUAACAGAAAGGCUUUAUCACAUCACCCCAGCCCUCUGUCCUCACAAUGGCUGAGUAAAUACAGAGCAUAAUUAAGUCUUUUUUUCUCAAUUGCAAUUUCGUAGGAAGGCUGCCCGCCACAGCACCACACAUUUGUUCAGAUAUAUCCCAGAGUAUGCAGAUAGGCAACAUUCACAGUCAGUAUGAGGAACUAUUGUUACUGACAAUGAUUAUUUAUUAUUCUGAUUAACAGUCUGUAAUGGCAGCCUACUAUUAAAUUGCACUGUUACAUUUACCUGAAAUUAUAAGAAAAUGUCUUUAUCUUCCUACCUGCCCUGGUGUCAGAUCAAAAUCAAAAUUAGUAGUAUCACUAGUUUUACAUCUGAAAACAUAUAAAUGAUAUCUUCUUUUCUGAACCAAGACAUCUUUGAGGAACCAUAAACCAUGAACUUUGUUAACUAUACAAGCACUCUAGCCUGAGCAGCUGAGCUGCAAUAGCCUGAUAAUUAAACUGACUUGCACUUCAUAUUCACAGCAAUACUCGUUUAAAGAUGGAGUGCAGGACUUUUACAUGUAAAUGAAUGUUGGUGUGACCAAGGUCACGCAAUGCUGAGUUUUAAAUCUGGUGUCUGUGGCGACAUUCCUGCGCUGAUAUCCCCAUAGUGAUGUUUUUUACGUCACACAGCAAUGAUUAGUUUGCCAGUCAUUAAAGGAAGCGAUCCACGAUGAGGACAAACAUGUACUGCAAUUACUCUCACUGCCAGGAGGGGGAGACAAAAGUUCCACACUGCAGGUUUAAAACUGCUGAAAACAAAUCGCAAAAAGAUAUGAGCAUCAGCUCAGAGGUCUGGCACUACGGUGGUAUUGUCACAAGUCAACUUAUCCCUCAAAACCUUUUUACUAUGCAGCGUUUUAAAUAAAUGUAAUAUUUUUUCCACCACUAGUUUUCACAUCAGUAUUGUUAAAUGAGUCUAAUUUUAGCCAGGAGUUGAAGAAGCUUUGAAUGCCAGGUGACAGGACUAUGACCUUGCCUGUUAAUGUUUUUCUCAGAUUGGCAGAAUCCUUGCUCUCACUGAAAGUGAUUCAUCCUUUGAAAGUUAUAAAAGCAGUGUUAAUUCAUGAAAAAGAACAAAGUUCUGUUACAUGCAGCGAUAUCAGCUCAAAGUUACUCUCUAUAAUCCAUGGGCUGCAGACAAAAAUCAUGGUGGAGAUAAUGGACCAAUAAAAAUAAUGCUGCAUCAUUGUGAUUUUGGAAUUUCUAUUGUUUUAAUGACCAAAUUUAAGCUUGUUAUUUACCAUUGGUGGCCUCUCAAGUGACUCCUUACUUUGGAUUUUUGAUUGUGUUGAUUACAGUAGUUUCAAAUGUUAAAAUUUGAAGCUGAUCAUGGAUGAGUUUGGCCAGGAGAGACAAGUUUCAUUCAUCAUUCUCUCAGUUUCUCAGUGACAUUUCUCUCGGUUUCACUAAGUGACAUUUGAACAUUUUGCAGCAAAUAAGCAGAAAAUACUGAAGUCACAGACACAGGUGUGUUUCUGAUUACCUGUCAGUGAUAAAAAAGCAGGGAGAAUGUGACGCUAGUAAAGAACAAAGAUGAUUUUAUGUUAUUGGCUCUUAAGAGCAGAGUAAAUUCCUCUCUGUUUUGGCAUCCUGUACUUCUGUACUGUACAGGGUACACAGUGAAUAUGUACUGUAAAUAUAAUUCUUUGCUUUGUAUUUAACUUUAUGUGCUACUGAAUUUGUUUAAUAUGUUUCUCUAGGCAAAUUAAAUGAAAUAACAGAAGAUUUCUGUAAAAAUAUAUAUAUUUGCAUAGUGUGCAUAUGCAUUCUAUUUUUUGUAACUAGAUGUGAAUAAAAGUUAUGUAUUAAAACUG